GUUAUAACCGCCCUAUAGACUGUUGCGACUGUAUCCAUCGCUACUGGACGUAUAGGUGGUUAACCUUACUUAUAGCAAGAGAGUGUUGUGUCCUGGCAGGGUCUGCGCAAAAUGUCAGACACCGUGCCACCUCCCACAGGGCCUUCAACAACGGACACAGCUCCCCGAAAAGAAUCAGAUCCAUCUCCAAAUCAUCACAAUCCAGCUGCUACAGCAUCAGCGUCUUCUGCCCCUAGCCAAGAUGCCCCACAUACACCGAAUCCGCUCCUCAACCCCUCUCCCUCAACCCAGUCACCACAGAUGCAAGCUCCAGACCCGCAGCCACCGCAACAACAACAACACUUAUCGCAGCAUAUGGAUCCCGUACACCAGCUUCAGCAUUACCAGCCUCCAUCAGCGAAUUCACAGGCGACGAUAAACCAAAACCCAUUAAGUCUGCCUCCAAUUCAAUCAAUUGAAACCCAUCACCAAAAUCACCAGAUUCCGCAGGCCCAUUCGCAAGCGUCCAUCUCCUCUGCGAUAAAUGCUCCAAUGAACAUGCCCCCACCGAAUAUCCCCCAAUACUAUGCUCUCGCUGGAGCCAUUCCCGGUCCCGAUCCGUAUCCAAUAACGGGUGAACCAAACCGAGGGUUGUCUAGUGGUCGACACAAAAAGGAAGUUAAGCGACGGACGAAAACGGGUUGUCUUACCUGCAGGAAACGAAGAAUAAAGUGUGAUGAAAGACAUCCCGUUUGUAGGAAUUGUGAAAAAAGCAAGCGCGAUUGUCUUGGGUACGAUCCGGUGUUCAGACCGCAGCCAGGCCCGACAACUCUGCAGCCUGCGCCGUCGCAACCAUCGUUACUCGGAUCUCCUCAAGGCAGCCCCACGUAUACCAGUGCUCAUAACUCCCCAACCGGAAGCCAGUCUUUCGCGCAUCCACCCCUACCAACAACAAGAGCAUCAUCUUCAUUUUCAGUUCAUCAGUUCGAUUACGGAACAAACGCAAUUGAUCCAGCCUUAGAAGGAGCCGCGUCACCAAAGGCCGGUACGCAUAACACAAGCGAAGGGGGCCAAACACCAGCUUCAGUCAUGUAUGGGACUGAGAACCUAGAAUUAAAACCUGUAAAGGUUGUGGAUCUCCUUUCCGUUCGCGGACAUCUCUCUCCAACUCCAGAAAUCACAACAAUCCCAGCAUCACGAAUCGAGGAAAUCAAACUAGUCUACAUCUCAUAUGCGGUUGCUAUUGACAAGUUUCUCGAAUGCACCUGGUUUGAAACGAAAGGGAUGGUCCAUCUCCUGGCCAACUCCCGCCUCUUAUCAUAUUACUCCGCCCUUUUAGAUGGUUUCAACGACCGCAAUAUCCAUGACCCUGCCGUUCUGGCACGGGUCGAGAGUCUCGAGGCCUCCGUCAUUUGGGAAACGUUAACAUUAACCCGCGUCGCUCGUACCAAAGAACCAGACACGAACGGAAAUGGGACAACAACCAAUACCACCGAUGUCGAACUCCUAUACGCCGUGAAACGACUAGCCGUUUUCGAAGCCCUGAUAACCGGCACAUACCUGGACACGAACCCGGUGAGUCUAGACAGCUACCCGGAAUGCGAUCCGGCACACAGACUCCCCGGCAUCGGUAACCAGAUAAAAUCCCGCGAGAUCGAAUUUUGGGAAUCCGUCGGCCGUUACCUUACUAUCUCCGAGGACGAAGCAAAUGCACAAAAACGAAAAGAGGAAGCUUUGGCAAUGGCCCGUGGGCUGCUGGAUACUUUUGAGAACCGCGAUGUUAUCUAUUCUAUCGUCAUUGUGCGGCAUAUUGCUAAAUUCCAGCCGCGGAAACUAAAGCAGACAACUGCCAGCACGGAUGAGAAGGAUGCCGCCGCGAAGUUGUAUGUUGCUGUUAGGUUCUUGGAGGACGAAAGCCAUGGUAAAGGGACGAACCAGGUUAUCAAGCGGUUAAGCGGGAUGGUUGUCAAAUACUGGGAGGAUCCACCAGGGGCCUCAUAGUCAAUUGGAGUUUUAUAUUUUAUAUUUUCUCCAACCCUUUUUUUUUCUUUUAAAUUUAAUUAUAUGAAAAAUGGGUUAUUCUCUC